CGCUCCGGGGCUGCUCCGGCCAUGGCCACAGUGGAUGCUGAGCGAGCUCUGCUGGGUAAAGGAGAGACCAGAAGAGAGAACUGCAUGAAGGCUGAGCUGCUGAAAGAUAUCACCAACAAUAAGGAGGAAGGAUUUAAUGCUAUGGCAGCAGAUGAGAGUGCCAUAGAAAAACAAGUCGGGGAACCAAAGAUGGCCCCGGAUGGCGAAACCAACGGGUCCUGCGAACGCAACGAAACCAAGAGCCACCCCAGUGCAGCUAAAAACUCUCAGGACAAUCUCAAAGCGAGCCUAGGGGACUCCGCAGCUAAGCUGAGCAGGAUAGCUGAGAAUGGCAUUUCAGAGAGAGACAGCGACACAGGGAAGCAGAACCACAUAAAAGCAAAUGACUUCACGCAGACUUCUGUCACAGGGAGCAAUGGGUACAUUUUGUCGAAGCAAAUGGCUCAGGAGCCGCCCGUAAGGACUACCAGCAGUGCUUUUGCUUCCCUCACUGGCCAUGCUGCAAAAACCCUCCCUGCAGGAGCCAGCAAGGGCAGAACUCUUGGCACCCUUUCUCAGACACAGGCUGUCUCACCAGCCAAGUUCAGGGUGGGUGGGAAGGACAUGGAGGCAAAAAGAACCACAGCAGCAAAUGCCAACUUCAAGGUCCACAGAGCCCGGAAGACGAUGCCCAAGCCCACUUCUAGCCUGAAUGCAAGUAAAGACCCCAAAGAAGCAAAAGCACCUAAGGAAGAUGGUAACAAACAUGUUUUGGAAUUUGGGAAGCCCCCACCUUUGCCCUCUGUCCUUGGCCUUCAUUCAUCUCUACCUCAGAACCAGAGCUAUGUGGCCGCCUCAAAAUCACAGACAGCUGCUUCAGUGUCUCGGAAGAAAAAACGAAGAAUGGGAACUUACAGCCUGGUUCCCAAGAAAAAGACCAAAGUUUUAAAACAGCGGACUGUGAUUGAGAUGUUUAAGAGCAUAAGCCAUGCUUCUGCAGGUGGCAAGGAUGAAAAGGGUGAUGCUAGUCCUCAUGUGAACGGGGAAAGCUUAGAGGUGGAUUCUGAAGAGGAAGAUUCGGAUGAGCUAGAGGAGGAAGACGAGCGUGGGACGGAGCAUCCAUCUGCCUUUCCUGCAGAGGACAACCAAACUGCUAAGGAUGAGGCUGCAGAGGCCAGCAAAGUCAGAAAGAUGGUCGACGGGGAAUCUGAGGAGGACCCAGACUCUGGAGAGUCAGGAGAAGAUGAGGAAGACGGCGAUGAGUCUGACUUGGAAGGAGGGAAAACGGAGCUGACGGUCACCGAGACUGGCUGUAAACCGAGGAGCCCUACUGCACUUAAGGGUGCAAUUCAGAGCUCAGAGUCCAGUCUCAAGAAGAAACUGAUGAAGAGGAAAGGGAAGACAGACAGCCCAUGGGUGAAACCCACCCGGAAGAGGAGGCGGAGGAGUAAAAAGAAACAAAGCAGCAUUUUAGGUUCCGAAAUGUAUAAGCCGCCUUUGGGGAGUGGAGAAGGAGCUGGACAGGAGAAUAACAUGGAAUACAUGGAGGUGUCUCUGGAUUCCUUGGAUCUCCGAGUAAAGGGAAUUCUAUCUUCGCAAUCAGAAGGUCUUUCGAAUGGCCCUGAAGCAAUGGAAGCAGACAGUCUUCAGGAAGUGCCUCUCUGUAGCUGCCGAAUGGAAACCCCAAAAAGCCGAGAGAUCACCACGCUAGCCAACAACCAGUGCAUGGCGACAGAGAGCGUGGACAAGGAGCUGAGCCGAUGCACAAAUCACGUGCUGAAAUACGAGCUGAUGCGCCCGUCUAACAAAGUCCAGCUCUUAGUGCUGUGUGAGGACCACAGAGGGAGAAUGGUGAAACACCAGUGCUGCCCGGGAUGUGGCUUCUUCUGCGCAGAGGGCACGUUCAUGGAGUGUCAGCCCGAGAGCAGCAUCUCCCACCGGUUCCACAAGGACUGUGCCUCCCAGGUCAAAGGCAUGAGCUACUGUCCACACUGUGGGGAGGAGGCCUCCAAGGCCAAAGAAGUGACAGUCGCCAAGGCAGACACUACCUCCACCCUUUCACUGACCUACGAGCAGAAGAAACCAGGGACUUCGGAGGGAAGGGCGGACACAACGACAGGGAGUGGCACUCAACCCCUUGAGGAAGGCCAGCCAGAGAGUUUGCCUGCAGAGGGGUUUGAUUUGGCUGGAACCUCUGCCUUUCCCAAGCCAGCCCCACCUGGAAUGCCCCAGGGACCCGUUAAAGAAACCCUCGAAAGCGCCUUGAUUGCCCUGGACUCCGAGAAGCCCAAGAAAUUACGGUUUCAUCCAAAGCAGUUGUAUUUCUCUGCACGGCAAGGGGAGCUGCAGAAGGUCCUCCUUAUGUUGGUGGAUGGGAUUGACCCUAACUUCAAAAUGGAGCACCAGCAUAAGAGGACUCCUCUUCAUGCAGCAGCAGAGUCUGGGCACGUGGACAUUUGCCACAUGCUGAUCCAGGCUGGCGCUAAUAUAGACAACUGCUCCGAGGACCAGAGAACCCCACUUAUGGAAGCAUCAGAGAACAAUCAUCUAGAGGCUGUGAAAUACCUCAUCAAGGCUGGAGCACUUGUAGACCCCAAGGAUGCAGAAGGCUCUACGUGUCUGCAUCUGGCAGCCAAGAAGGGGCAUUAUGAUGUGGUGCAGUAUCUCCUAUCCAACGGGCAGAUGGAUGUCAACUGCCAGGAUGACGGAGGCUGGACGCCAAUGAUCUGGGCGACGGAGUACAAACACGUUGAGCUGGUGAAGCUGCUGCUCGCCGAAGGAUCAGAUAUCAACAUCCGUGAUAACGAGGAGAACAUUUGUUUACACUGGGCUGCUUUUUCGGGAUGCGUGGACAUAGCAGAGAUCUUGCUAGCUGCAAAAUGCGACUUACACGCAGUGAACAUUCACGGAGAUUCCCCCUUGCACAUUGCGGCCCGAGAGAACCGCUACGAGUGUGUAGUCCUCUUCCUGUCCCGCGGCUCAGACGUCACUCUGAAGAAUAAGGAGGGCGAGACUCCCCUGCAGUGUUCAAGUCUCAACUCUCAAGUUUGGGUAGCUCUACAAAUGAACAAGACCCUCAAAGAGUCGACUCCUGAGAAACCUGUCCAGAUGGAAAAGACACUGAGCAGAGACAUCUCCCGGGGUUACGAGCGGAUCCCAAUUCCGUGCAUCAAUUCCGUGGACAGUGAGCCUUGUCCUAGCAACUACAAAUACGUUUCUCAGAACUGUGUGACUUCCCCCAUGAAUAUUGACAGAAACAUCACUCAUUUGCAGUACUGUGUAUGCAUAGACAACUGCUCCUCCAGCAAAUGCAUGUGCGGCCAGUUGAGUAUGCGCUGCUGGUACGACCGGGAUGGUCGCCUCUUGCCUGAAUUCAACAUGGCCGAGCCACCUUUGAUCUUUGAGUGCAACCACGCCUGCUCGUGCUGGAGGACUUGCCGGAAUCGUGUUGUGCAAAAUGGGCUCAGGGCUCGAUUACAGCUUUAUCGGACAAGGAAGAUGGGUUGGGGUGUGCGAUCAAUGCAAGACAUUCCAUCGGGGACCUUCGUGUGCGAGUAUGUUGGAGAACUGAUUUCUGAUGCAGAGGCAGAUGUACGUGAAGAGGACUCCUAUCUUUUUGACCUUGACAACAAGGAUGGAGAGGUGUACUGCAUAGAUGCCCGCUUCUAUGGCAACAUCAGCCGCUUCAUAAACCAUCUCUGUGAGCCAAACCUCAUCCCCGUGCGAGUGUUCAUGUCCCACCAGGACCUGCGUUUUCCCAGAAUCGCCUUCUUCAGCAGCAGACCCAUCCAAGCAGGAGAAGAGAUUGGAUUUGACUAUGGUGAGAGGUUCUGGGACAUCAAGGGCAAGUAUUUCAGUUGUCAGUGCGGUUCCCCCAAAUGCAAGCACUCCAGCGCCGCCCUGGCUCACCGGCAAGCAAGCAUGUCGUCGUCGUCCCAGGAGGCACCAGAGAACGGACUCCCCGACACCAGCUCCGCCGCUGCCGUGGCGCCCGCCCCGUUUUGAGAACCUCUUUGAGCUUUUCCAAAACCCACAGAUUGUAUGAAUUUCUCCCAACAGGAAUGGGUAACAUGGGAAAAGGAAGCUUACAAGCUUGUGACACUCUGGAUUCUGGCGCUGCCGUGAUUGUUCACUGAGGAAUGAAUGACAGCCUCGUGCUUUCGCCCCGGCCCAACAUGCCCACGAGGUGCCAGGAAGCGGCUGGCUUGACAGCGUGCGUCCCGGGGCGGCUGCUCCCGGUUGUUCCACGCUGAGUGACCCACGCGGCCUCUUUUAAUGUGACGCGUGUUCUCCGAGCCAAGAGAGAGUCUUCCCCUCCCACACACACACACACCCCUGUCUCCCUCUUGGAAGGAUGAAAAUUGAAUGGACUGUUCAUGCCAAGUAUCUCCAGUUUGCUUGUAAUAAACUCUGCAUACUCGAUGAAAAUCUUUCUCAAAGCCAAGGCCUGCUCUUUCGGCACAGCUCUGGGAGGCUUUGCUAGCAGCCGAACUUUACUUUCUUUUCCCUUGCUCAUUGUCCUGGGAUUGAAAUCGUAUCCUCUCUUGAACAGGUGCCUGCCAGUGACCUAAUCCAGUGCAUUAGAUGUUUGCACUCUCCUCUCCCGCAUCCACCUUUGAUUUCUCCAGGCCUGGCAGAAGUUUCUCACGAGUCCUACCAGGGCUUCUCCGUUACAGACUGGCUCUUGGGGCAUGUUGCUUUUCUCAGUGUUCCCCACCACCACCAGUGGGCGUAUUUCCCUCUUCCAUUAUGCUAAGAAGCAUAAGGGGAAAUCCUUUACAUGACACUAACUUCUUUUUUAAAUUAAAAAAAAACAUCAAAAGGAAACUGGCAUUUAAAGUGUCCCUGUUCAGGGCAUUUCUCAAGCGGGUGCUCAAACUGGGCCCUCCAAGGACAUGGCGCUGUGAGAAGACGACCCGUGCCAUCCCCUCUUUCCGACCCCAGCCCUCCCCUCCAUGUUCAUUUUAAAGCUACACAUAAUGACGUUGGAAUGAAUGGAUUUAUUUUUUACCAUUUGAGGACUGAACAUAAAAAUCCAAAACAAAAACCCACCACUGUCCCUCACCUGAGUAACUAAAAAACGGUGCUGAUUCUAGUGCGAUUUUUACUCACUAAGUGAAUAUAAAUUUAUCAAUUGUAUAAAGAAAAAAAGAACAAAGUGAUUUUAGUAUAAAAUCCAGGAAAAAACGACCCACAAACCUUUUUUUAAAUUGUUAGUAUUGUAGUGUGAAUAAAUUUGUCAUCGCCUUUUGUGUGGUGGCAAAGCAGGUCAUUUUAAUUUUUUUCAUAUAUCUUAAAUACUGUAAUUAGUGCAGUAACAAGUUUUUGUUUUCCUUUGUGCAUCUCUUCUAAACCGUUCAUAUUGCUGGGGGGGGGGAUUUUUUGUUUUGUUUUUUUCCCCUUUCUGUUCAUGUUUUUGACCGUUUUAAAGGCGCCUUCUUUUG